CCAUGUGAAUAAAUAGUUUGCUUUUGGAAUAAAAAGAAUUACACUAUGCAACACAAUAUUUGUUCCUGAGUUAUAAAUGUCAUUCUCCAGAGUCAUAGUCCAAUACACCAGUUCUCUUGAAGUCAGCAAUUUGGAAUAGAUACCAAGUUGUCAAGAUUUAAGUAUUAACGUACAAAGUGUGCCAGGAAUCCAUUACCUCUAGUUAUGCUGAAGUUCACUGCUUUUGGAAAACGACAAAUGCAUCGUCUUGCCUCUGUGAAGAAUGCCAGGCAGUUAAUAGGUUACACAGCUUGGUUGCAGAAUUGAAGUUGUCUUGGAUUGUGUUAACUAGGAUUGCCAUUAUUAUUAUUGCGCACCAUGUCAAAGUUUAUUUUUGGAUUAAACAUUACUUCUAGGAAUUAUUUGAAGGAUCUUUCGGUGGGUAAAUUACAGUGACGGAAGAAAGGGAAAGAAGGCGAGUUUGAGAGUGCAACGACUGACCAUGACGAGUGUUGGGGAAGUAAUCAACGCGCUCAAUGGUUUUGGGCGAUUCCAGCAUUAUUUGGUGGCAUUGCUGACUCUGAAGUCUAUUUCCCACCCCUUUCAUAUCUUUGGCCAGUUAUUCAUGGUUGCCGAAGACCCUCAUUACUGUCGGACAACCUGGUUCAGUGCCGUCGGCUCAAAUCUGACCGAAGAGGAACGGCUGAACUUGACCCUCCCAAGAAAACCCGAUGGAAGCCUGGAAGAAUGUUUCAUGUUCACUCCAGUGGAACGGGAUCUCGAUGCCAUCGUAGAAUAUGGCCUCAAUGCUACCGAAAAGUGUCGAGAGGGAUGGGUCUACCCUUUGAAGAGAGAACCGUCAUUGGUCACUCAGUUUGACCUUGUAUGUGACCGGAAAGAUUUGAACAGCAUCUCGCAAUCCAUUUUUAUUUUGGGAAUUCUAGUUGGAGCCAUGGUGUUUAGUCCAUUAAGCGACAGGUUCGGCCGGCGACCGAUUAUUUUGUUGUCAAUGCUGAUUCAAGGCACAGCUGGCGUUGCGGUGACUUUUGUACCAAAUUUUACCGCCUAUAUUGCUCUCCGAUUUAUUGUGGGUGCAUCCAUUUCCGGCAGCUUAAUAAGUGGCAUCGCUCUAGGUGCUGAAUGGGUCGAGACAACCUAUCGUCCACUCACAUUGAUCUUCAGCCAUGUUGGCUUUGCAGCAGGGCAGAUGGUGCUGGCGGGCUUAGCUUAUGCCCUUCGAGACUGGAGGAAGCUGCAGAUUGUAGGCUCUGCUCCCAUUUUUGCCUUCUUUUUUUACUUCUGGGUCCUUCCAGAAUCUCCUCGUUGGUUGGUAACAAAAGGGAAGAUAGAAGAAGCGAAGAAGCUCUUGCAGAAGGCGGCUGCAGUGAAUAAACGAAGCAUCCCGCCAAAAACUUUAGAUCAGAUGAAGCCAGAAAAGGAGGCCAAAUCUGGAAGUAUUCUGGACCUUGUGAGACAUUCCCACCUAAGGAAAGUGACUUUCCUCAUAUCAACAGCCUGGUUUGCCAACAGUUUUGCAUACUACGGCUUAAGCCUAAAUGUGGGUAGCUUUGGCUUGGAUAUCUACCUGACCCAGCUUAUCUUUGGGGCAGUUGAAAUACCAGCACGUGGCAGCAUUUUCUUUGUGAUGCAGUGGAUGGGGAGGAAAAAAUGCCAAUCUUCCUUCUUGCUCCUGGGAGGAGUAGUUUGCCUUCUCGUCCCUGUUAUCCCGAAGGACCUUCCGGUGGUAAUAACAGCACUGGCUGUCGCUGGGAAGUUCGCCAUUGCUGGUUCCUUCACUACAUCCUAUGUGUACACCACUGAGCUGUUCCCAACGGUUAUCCGACAGAUUGGAAUUGCAGUGUGCCAGACGGUGGCCAGGGUGGCUGCUGUAAGUUCGCCGUUGGCUCACCUCUUGGAGAAAUACCACCCCUCCAUCCCUUUGCUGAUUUUUGGAGGCUCAGCCAUCGGGGCUGGGACCCUCUGCUUCUUCCUGCCAGAAACACAGGGAAAAGAACUCCCAGAUUACCUGGAUGAUGUUAUCGGCAACCAGAAACCCAACAAGACAGACACCAAUGUUUUGGAAAAUGGACAUUUAAAGCACAAUGAAGACAAUGACAUCAGCAUACAGACAAAAACUACUCGGUUCUAAGUUGGCCCUUUGAACAGA